AUGGAGGUUAAUGCAAGGUUAUGUUCAGUCGAAGGCAAAGAUCUAGAAGAUGUGACCAUGUACAGACAGUUGGUGGGAAGUCUUAUCUAUCUCACGCUAUCCAGACCAGAUAUUGUUUAUGCAGUGAGUAUAUUAAGGUACGUGAAAGGGACCAUUGACUAUGGAAUCUUGUACCUUAAUGAUAAAGAGUUUGAAGUUGUCGAAUACUGUGAUGCUGACUAUGCUGGUGAUCUUGACACACGUCGAUCAACUACGGGUUAUGUGUUCAAUCUGGGAUCUGGAGCAGCCUCUUUGUAA